UGCUAAUUUUUUAGGUUAUCUCAAUCUGGAUCUGGGAAUCAUUAAAUAAGAAUUACUUUCAUCCUAUAGUAUAGUUUGUUCUACAAUUACUACACGUGCGUAUGUUUUUGCCGAAGUUUAACUGAAUAUUCUGUAUCAAUAACCGUCACUCACUAAAUCAACUCUGCUACACCAUUUAACUUUCCAAGAUGUUUGGCAGCCAAAUUUUCAUACCAGUUCGGUUUUCAUACCACCCUAUUCAUUUCAACAAAAAAAGGACAGAUGCUAUCCACAAAUUAACACGUUUGCGAUGUGUUGACAACAGUGAAAUUGGAAAACAAGCUAUGGCGGAGGGGAAACCACCGAAAUGUAUUCAUAUCUAUAACAGACGAGGAAUCGGGAUGAUAGGUGAUAAAAUUUUAGUCACUAUCAAAGGAGAAAUGAAGAAAGGGAUAGUGGUUGGCACUAAAAAAGUUGACCAAGUGAAUAUUCCUGCAUUUGACUCGAAUAAUGUAGUACUCAUUGAUGAUAAUGGAUCACCGCUUGGCACUAGAAUACACGCUCCAAUACCUGUUUAUUUAAGAACUAUCCUAAAGGAAAAAACCUUCCACAAAGGAGCUGAUUACACAAAAAUUCUUUCCAUAGCCUCAAGGUUUGUGUGAGGGACAUUUCUUAGAUUUAUUUAUGUAAUUACUAGUUUUAAAGAUUAUGAACCUUUUUUGUUAUUAAAAAUAAUUUUUAAAAAUUUGUUUUGUAUGAGAUGGAAAAUACACAAAUAAACCCAGAAAUUGAAUCAUCA